UUACGGCCAUUAGUUUUCAUCCGAAUUCAACUUCCGGGGAGUUUCAGGUAAACAAUGACAAUGAUAAAUGUCAAAUGGAGAACUUCUAGUCUGAGCUUCUAGUGUCCUGAUUGAUUUCUUAAGAUAAUGUCAAAUGCAAGUGAUACAGAUUCAGAAGAUGCAGAGUGCUUCCUGUCUGUGCAAGAACUUAAAAAUUGGAAGGUAACUGAUCUGAGAGAAUGGCUUCGAGCAAAAACUUUGAAAAUUAGUGGAACCAAGGAGACUCUUGUAAACAGGGUAUAUAGAGCAUUGACAUCUGGUCAAGAAUCUGGUGAAGAUGAUGGGAUGGAUGCAGUCACAUGUAAUAUUCAGGAUUUUGAAUUACUCAAAGAUGAUUGGAAAAAAAUAGACACAUGUGAUAUUCCACCUCUACAAGUAAAGGAUGUAGAUAACUACUUUCACUAUCAAAAGAAUCCUACAACUGGGACUAGAAUAAGUUUUGAUAAACACAUGAUUAAAGCGAAAAGAUUUUGCAAUGAAAAUUUCAUUUAUGAUAUAUUUUAUAAUAAAAUAGAUGUCGACAGUGAUCAUUGUUAUUUUAAGGCCAAUUGCCUGCCAUCAAUGAGACUAAAGGUUCAGGUUGGAAAUUCGGGCCAAAUGUCUACCUUUUACUCAUUACAUGUGUGUCUUUCAAAAAAGACAGGGUAUAUUUUAUCUGGACAUUGCAAUUGCAAGGCAGGUGAUGCUGGUUUUUGUGCACAUGUUGGUGCUCUUUUAUAUACAUUAGAGAAAACAAAAAAUUCAUGUACCAGUGAUGCUUGUCAGUGGGAUCGUCCCAGACCUAUAGCAAGAAAACCAAGUCCAAAAAGAGUCAAAGAUUUAACAUUUGCAAAAACCGAUAAAGAUAAAACUGAUAAAGUAAAACCAUAUCCAGGAGCAUAUAAACCAAGUUCUUGUGACAAUGAUGAAAACGAGUUCUUAAGUGAAAUAUUAGAUGGACUUAAGGAUAUUUAUCCCACCUGUGUUUUAUAUAAAACCUUAAGGACAGAAUGCUCAAUUGAUAAAUUUUUAGAUACAUACAAUCCUCAAUUUGUGUACCGUGAUACAGUUGACUUAAAGUCUGAAACUUGUAAAAAUGUUUUCUCAACAUUUUUAAAUGAUAUGGUUAUCACCAUGGAUACAUCAAAACAGUUAGAAUUGUCAACAAGAGGUCAACACAUCAAUAUUAACUGGAUGAAAGCCAGAUCAAAAUUAUUAACUGCCUCUGUAUUUGGAGAUGUUUGCAAAAGGAUAACUGACAAACCAGACUGUUUAAUUCGCCGUAUUCUAAAUUAUGAUGUGUCACAGCAAAAUUUGAAAGUUAAGAGUUUGGAAUGGGGUCGUUUAAAAGAGAGGGUAGCAGUUAAAGAAUAUCAAAUUAAUCACCUGAAAACUUGUCAAAAUGUUACAGUGGAAAAUAAAGGUCUACUUGUGAAUCCUAAUUAUCCAUAUCUUGGAGCCAGUAUUGAUUCUUUUGUAUCUUGUCAAGUUUGUGGUUGUGGUAUAGUUGAAAUUAAGUGUCCUUAUGGUUCAGACAAGGAUGAAACACCGUGGAGAAAGAGACAGCCUCAGCAAUGUGCAGUUGAUUCAAAAUUUUGCUGUGAAUUAGAGAAUGGGAAGUUGAAAUUAAAAGGAAAUCAUAAAUAUAUGUUCCAAGUUCAAGGACAAAUGGCAUUGUAUGAAGUAUCAUGGGUAGACUUUGUUGUAUGGACAACAAAGGGAAUUUCUGUUGAAAGAAUAUCAUUUGAUGAAGCUUUAUGGAAUGAUAUGCUUUUCAAACUUAAUUCUUUUUAUUUGAAUUCAAUUAUACCUGAAUUCUUUUCAUGCAGAGUGAAACGAGGAAAAGCACUUUUUCCUAAAUGAAAAAUUAUUAAAGAAUCAUAAACUGAUUUAAAGUGUUCUGUAUUGACGA